AUGUUUAAAAUAUAUCAAUUUUUUAUAAAGUUCUUUUUUCAUCCUGAAGAAUCAGCUGAAUUAGAACCAAAAAAAAUUAUGAAUUUAUGGACAUUAACUUUUACAAAUCAUGAUUUGGAAGAAAAAUAUUCAAAUAAAGAAAAAUAAAGAAUCAUAGUGUUGUUUCGACUAUAGUACUUAAUCCAUUUCCUCAUUAAUGUUAUCUAUUUUGUAAACAAUCAAUUUUUUUUGAAAAAUUAUUAAGUUGCUUAUUUUAGAGUGGCAUUUUGCUUUUGGCAUAUAAUUUGCAUGAUAUUGUAAGCUAAUAUAAAAAGAAUCCAUUAUAAAUCAUUCAUAGCAAUUUCUGAAUUUUUAAGUUGUGUAAUAACAAUUCUGAUUGCUUAUGUUUAUGUGUAGGAUUAAUUGAUUAAUAAAUAAUGUGGCAAAUAAACAACUUAAUAAGCUGUAAGUAGCGGAAUAUAAAGUGGAUUGUUAAUUAUUAGUUAUUUACUUGUUUGCCCUUUAUGGUUCAUUUAAGGAUUAAUAUUGAUAGCAGCAACAAUUUUAUUUAUUGGAAUGAUGGGAAAUCUGGGGUCAAUUUACUGGACAUUCUAUGUUCUAUUAUUAAUGAUGCUGGUAUUCUUCAGAUUUCUUGAAUAUUACAAAAGAAUAGAUUUCUAUACAAUUUGCUAAUAGACUUCAAAUUUGCAUGCAUGCAAGAACAUCUUCGACAAAACAGUUCCAAAUUCUAUAUUAAUAUUAACUGAGAACAAUGAUGAUUUAUAAGAUUCCACAAAUUAGGGUAAAGAAAUGAAGUUAAUAUAUAGUAAUGAUUUUGCAAUUAAAUACUUAUAAGUUUCAGAUGAAAAUGAAGUUAUCAAGAAAUUAAAAAGCAUUUUCAUAUAAACAGAAUAAGAAUCUGAAUAAGAGACUUAUAAUUCUUGUGUAAGUAUUUAUGAUGUCUUAUAUUAAAAAAUGGGACAAUUUGAGGAAUAAUUUAUACAAUAAUUAUAGACAAAUAGAACUACAUUGAUUUAAAAUGAAUACGAUAUAUCAGAUUUUAGUGACUAUUUUUUAUGUUUUCGAUUCGAUUCAUAAAGUAAAGUGGCAUUAUCUUAAAAAUAAUAAUUAAAAAUAAAAUCCCAUUUUGAAAUCAGAGUAUUGCAUUGUAUUUGGGAAAACAAACAUUCUAUAUUAGUAAUAAUGAAUGAUAUUUCGGAGAAGAUAAGAUUGAAGCAUUUAAAAGAAUUGGAUCAAUAUAAAGAUAGAUUAUUAGCUACAGUAUCUCAUGAUUUAAAGACUCCAUUAAACGGAAUGAUGAUUGAUAUAAGCAUUAUGCAAAAUAUUUUGUAAUAGAAAUCAAGUAUUACACAUGGAAAUAUUGAAUAACUUUGUGGUCAUCUCGAUGAGUUUAAUCAAUCAGGUUAAUUGUUACUGUCCAUGAUUAAUGACUUACUUGAUUAUAGCUAAAUCAAUAAAGGGUAUUUAAGGCUGAUACCAAAACCAUUCAAUUUGAACAAUACUUUUAAAUUCGUUAACUCAUUAUUACUUAGAUAAUCUAAUGAAAAGGGAGUCUAAUUGAUUUGGAAAAAUCACAUUGAUCCUGAUCAUUCUGAGUUGUUCACUGAUGAAAAUAGAUUAAAAUAAGUAUUAAUUAAUUUAGUUGCUAAUGCCAUUAAAUUUACAAUGUAGGGUGAAAUUGUAAUUACAGCUAAUUAGUCUAAUGAAAAUGAUGUAAUCGAAAUUUCGGUUUCUGAUACAGGGUAUGGAAUACCUGAAGAUAUAUAAAAAAAUCUCUUUAGAUUAUACAGCACUUUUGACAUUGGAAAUAACAAUAGACAUGGUGUUGGUUUGGGAUUAACUAUUAGUUAAUAACUAGUAUCUUUACUAGGGCCAACUGAUAAAAUUGAGUUGAAAUCUUAAGUGGGCAAAGGAUCUACAUUUAAAUUCAUCAUUUUUAGAAAAUUACAGUAAUCCUUAGAAAAUUCAUUAUAGGAAUUGGAUUUAAAUGAAAAAUAAGUAGUUCCGAGGUUCCCCUCAUAUAAAAACCUGAACUAAAUCAUUAAAAAGAGAAAAACCCUACAAAAGAAAGCUUAAACCUAUUACAAAUUGGAUAGCCAACCUGAUGAAUGUCUUAAAGUAUUAAUAGUUGAUGAUACUCCCUUUAAUAUCAUCGCCUUGAGUGCUAUGUUAAAUUAGGUGAUUUAUAAUUGUAAACUCUAUAAAGCCUUCAAUGGAAAACAAGCUUUUGAUUUAUACUCUAAAGAAUAAAUGAGUGUAAUUUUUAUGGAUGUUAAUAUGCCAGAAAUGGAUGGAUACUAAUGUACAUAAGAGAUAAGAAAAUUUGAAUAAAUGUAAAAAAUUACUCAAUCUCUGAUUAUAAUUGUCACUGCCUUCACAGGAUCUGAUGAUAAGCAAAAAUCUUAAAAAUGUGGAGCAAAUGAUCAUUUAGACAAACCUUUAAAUAUGGAGGAUUUAAAGAAAGUAAUUAAAAAAUUUGGUAUAAUUUGA